CGGAAACAAGCGGCAGUGGGAGUCAGUGUGGAACUUUCGGCGGAGAGCGAUGGGCGCCCGGGACGAUGAGUAUGAUUACCUCUUCAAGGUGGUGCUGAUUGGUGAUUCAGGUGUUGGAAAAAGUAAUCUCCUAUCGCGCUUCACACGCAAUGAGUUCAACCUGGAAAGUAAGAGCACAAUUGGAGUGGAAUUUGCAACGAGAAGUAUCCAGGUGGAUGGGAAGACUAUUAAAGCACAAAUCUGGGACACAGCCGGGCAGGAGCGAUACCGAGCUAUCACCUCUGCAUAUUAUCGAGGGGCAGUUGGUGCUCUGUUGGUUUACGAUAUUGCCAAACACCUUACCUAUGAGAACGUGGAAAGGUGGUUGAAGGAGCUGAGAGAUCAUGCGGACAAUAACAUCGUCAUCAUGCUUGUAGGGAACAAGAGUGAUCUCCGUCAUCUCCGAGCUGUGCCUACAGAUGAGGCUAAAGCCUUUGCAGAAAAAAAUGGCUUAUCCUUUAUUGAAACCUCCGCUUUAGACUCUACCAAUGUAGAGACUGCAUUCCAGACCAUCCUCACAGAAAUUUAUCGUAUUGUGUCACAGAAGCAAAUGUCAGACAGACGUGAAAAUGACAUGUCACCAAGUAACAAUGUGGUCCCUAUUCACAUGCCUCCAACUACUGAGAGUAAACCAAAGAUGCAGUGCUGUCAAAACAUCUGAGAUAAGCAAAUUGCUGUCCAUUCCCUGAGCCUCCAUCUACGUUGUACCUGUGUAAUGCUUAUGGUUUUUCAUUGUCAUUCAAUUUGCUGAUUAAAUGUGGCAAUUAUCAUAAACAUGUAACUGUCUUUAUAAAUUCCAUGUUUAAGUAAUGUCAGCUGUGGUGCAUUUUUAUAUAAUUUUGCAGGUAAUAUGGUUUUAAAGCCAUUUUGCAAAUUAAGUUAUCAUGUAAAAGAACAGAAGGGAUACAACACAAGCCUUUUGUGGUAGGUGCUUUUGAGAUGGAAAUGCUUAUUUGAAUCAGGAAUGCUCAUGAAGUGUGAACAACACAGAUGGCAUUUCUUAAGUCAACCCAUCACUAACUUGCCUCUUUAUCAUUUUUCCUGAACUUUUUUUUUGUAAAUUGUAUUUUAUGCAUGUACUAUAAUCUCUUUUUAUGUUAUGGUUUAAAAUUAUAUUGUGAACUUGAAUCUUAAUUAAAAUGAAAUGGAAGGGAAUUGGCUCUGAUUACUUCAAUACAAGGUGCUGUGUUAGACCUAAACCAUUUAACUGGAAUCCAGAUCAGAAUGGUAGUCUCCCUCUGUAAAUAGGUUCUACAAGAGAAGGGUAUCUUUUUGAACACUGAAGGGAAGCUCUCACCAGAGAUAUUGCAAAAUGAAGUAUCAACUGAUUGGAGAUACUCCUCCACCGGGCCAGCUACCUACUAAAUGAAAAGCAGAUGAUCCCAUGGGACUAAGUGCUGAAUCAUUAGUGCUGACACUACUAAUCUUUAGUUGAUUUGAUUGGUAGAUUGGACACUCUGCAACAAGAGGAGACUAUAUGAACCACCUCUAGCACAGUCAAAAAGUUAUCACAAGUAAAAAGGCAAAUUGUGAAAGUAACAUUUAUUAUUUCACACAAAAUGACAGUAAACAUACUAAAAUCAAUUCUAAAAGGUGUUACUGGAGGCCAGUGUCCACUGUCAUUUAUGGAGCUACCACUAGAAAAACCUGUUCCAUCUACAGCAUUACAUUUUGAUUGAAGUGAAAUAUUAUGAAGUAGCUGGUUUAACGCUUUUAGUUCUGGCCCCCAACUCAAUGUUAAAAGCAAUCAAACUCAUAAAUUUGUUUCACACUUUAAUUAUAAUGAACACACACCUUUCAAGUUGAAGUUUUUUUAACCCCAUUUUUAAAACCAUCUGAGCAUCAAAAUUACUGGUUCUGCCUUGAACAAAAACAAAGCUUGUAAUGUUGGUUUAAGUUAAAAGUUCCCCAUAUUGAGUUUUCAAAUAAUUCUAACUCAUUUCUGAAGCAUAGUAGUGCUUCUGUGAUAAUUCUAACUAUAUUGUUUUAAAAUUGGGUACCAUUGAUAACAAUGAAAGGUGGAAACAUCAGGAAGUUGUACAACUUUUGUUGCAUGAUCCUCCACUUUCCAGAGGAUCCAACUAGAAUGGACUAAGCUGUCUACCUUGUUAGCCAUUCAUUUAAGCAUAAACCAUUUCAACCCCAUGAUUAGAUCAGUGUUUACUUGAAGUGUAUUUGCUGUUUAAAGUGAUUUGGCUCACUGACUAUUCUUGCCACAGACCAUAUACAGUCAAAAGUUUUUGUAUUUUUAAUAAACACUUUCUCUCUUUCAUGCUUAAAAGUAACGAAUAUUAACUUGCAGAAAUCAAUAUUCAUCUGGUCACUUCUAGAUCCCAUCAACAGUGCAUGUAUUCAAUAACUUGUCUUGACAUAAUAUUGUGACUUUGCAGAAAUGUCUAGUGGCAAAUAAACCAAAGGUUACAAAUUGA